UUUUUUCUCGUAGGCGGGUCUUGAGGGGCCCGUGGUUUCUUCUGUGAGUGUGUGACGAGUUAAAAAUGGCCGUUCACAGUCGACCACAUUAACUUCAACUGGUAGUACCUGACAUGGUAUAGCAAAAGAAAACCUUUUUACGUUGGAGUACAACCGUACAAUCAAAGAGACACGCGAAUAACCAUUCGCUGGUUGUAUGGCAGGAAAUUACUAAGAGGAAAUGGAAGAAACUUCUUUGGAAUUAAUAGCUAGCAGUAACAUAGCUAGCUCAUUUUAGCUAUCGGAUUUCAAACUUAAACGUACAGUCCGUUUAUAAAUGAAAUGUUAUAGCUCUAGUAUGUAGAGUUAUUACGAAUCUUUCGCUGCGUCUUUCAGGUCUAAAUGUUGUGAAAUGCACGCAACGCGAAAACAACGGUCGGGCACGCGGCGGCGUUACCAUGACGAUGGCAUCUCGGACGAUGAGAUCGAGGGCAAGAGGACCUUCGACUUGGAGGAGAAGCUGCGGAGCGAACGGUUCAGCUCUGACCGCGUGCGCCGCCUCGAAGGGAAAGAUUUCAACUUCGAGUACAUCCAGAGGGGUGGGCUUCGAGACCCCAUCAUCUUUGAGAGGCCUGAAGGACUGGGGCUGAAGAUGCCAGACUCAGACUUCAGCGUGAACGAUGUGAAGAGUUACGUAGGCAGUCGGCGGGUGGUUGACGUGAUGGAUGUGACGACGCAGAAGAAUAUUGAGAUGUCGAUGGCGCACUGGAGACGGUACUAUGAGACCCCUCCCUCGCAGAGGGAAAAGCUGUACAACGUUAUCAGCCUGGAGUUCAGCCACACCAAACUGGAACCCCUAGUCAGAAGGCCUGCGACGGUGGACAUCAUCGACUGGGUCGACAACAUGUGGCCCCGACACCUGAAGGAGCGUCAGAGAGACUCCACUAAUGCCAUCAUGGACAUGCAGUACCCCAAAGUACAGAAGUAUUGUCUGAUGAGUGUGCAGGGUUGUUACACAGAUUUCCAUAUCGACUUUGGGGGGACGUCUGUGUGGUACCACAUACUGCGGGGAGGAAAGGUGUUCUGGCUAAUCCCCCCCACGCAGCAGAACCUGGAGCUCUAUGAGAACUGGGUGCUGUCCGGCAAGCAGGGAGACAUCUUCCUGGGGGACAGGGCCACCGACUGCCAGAGGAUAGAGCUGAAGCAGGGCUACACCUUCAUCAUACCCUCCGGCUGGAUCCAUGCGGUCUACACCCCGAUGGAUACGCUGGUGUUUGGCGGGAACUUCCUGCACAGUUUCAACAUCCCCAUGCAGCUCAGCAUCUACAGCAUAGAGGACCGCACACGGGUUCCAGCCAAGUUCCGCUACCCGUUCUAUUACGAGAUGUGUUGGUAUGUCCUGGAGAGGUACCUCUACAGUAUUACCAAGACCUCGUACCUCACACCCGAAUUUCAAAAACACUCCCUGGGCAUUGGCUUGAAGCGAGAGGCCUCCAGCGUAGAUGACGAGAAUCUGAAUGGUGUCACCAAAGAGGAGGAGGAUGACAAGCCUGCCUCUCCAGCACCCAAGCCUGGCGUGAAGGUUCACUUGACGGCUUUCGAGCUGGAGGGCCUGUGGAGCUUGCUGGGGAAGCUGGAGUCUUUGCCCUCGAACAAGAAGUGUGUGCCAGCUGGCAUCCAUAAUGCACCAGCACUUCUUCAUGACAUCAGGGCUUUGCUGAAAGAACAUGCUGGUGAUACCCCCAAAUUGGCAUACACUGGAAAACCCAUUGUUAAGUGGCCAAAGAGGCCGUCAUGGUACCAGCCCCCUCCACCCCCACCACCGCCGGGGAGGCCCCGUCUGGCCACCACGGUUGUGACGCCGCGCCCCCAGAAACCACCCUCCUCCAUGUCUGUGCUUCGGCGGCGACGUGUGCGCUGCAAACGCUGCGAGGCGUGUCUUCGGACGGAGUGCGGAGAGUGUAACUUCUGCCGGGACAUGAAGAAGUUCGGCGGCCCCGGCAAACUCAAGCAGACCUGCGUCCUUCGUCAGUGCCUGGCACCGGGUCUGCCCCUGUCUGCAGCGUGUGAGGUAUGUGGCGAUGGAAACCCAGAGCCCGGCGAGGCCCAGUCGUUUUCGCUCUUGCUGAUGGAGUGUUCCAACUGUGCUCAGAUCGCUCACCCCGCCUGCCUUAAGGUGGAUGGAGAAGGUGUGGUGAACAAAGACCUGCCCAGCUGCUGGGAGUGCCCCAAAUGUAUUAACGGCGGGGGCAACAACUCAGAGUCGUCUUGCAGCGGCGAUGACGGCCUGGCAGGCAGGGGUGCGCUCGUGCUGCCUGCGGCCCAGCGCCUCCUCGCAGCCGAGGGGUCCGCUCUGGGCCGCCAGGGAGCCGCGGCCGCGUGGCAAAGGGCGGGCCGCCCCCCUUCCUCCUCCUCCUCCCCUCUCCCUCACGCCCAGGGGUCGCCGCGGCAACAAGCCAGCGCCCUGGAGCAGCAGCGGCGGCUCAGGAAGAGGAUUAAAUUGGAAAGGAAGAAAAUCCAAAUUAAACGCAAGUCAACAUCUCUGGAUGGUCGGCCGGCUAAGACCCACCGGCGGCGCGGUCAUGAUCGGGACGAAGACGACUCGGGCAGUGAUGAUGAUGACGAUGAGGAAGAGGGUCUACGGCCGGGCAGAAAGAUGGCUCUCCAUCCCCGCGGCGGCACCUCAGCUGGUCGACGUGGUUAUGGCGCCGGAAGGCGGGGCAUGUGGCGAGGAGGCGUCUCCCACAGAGGCAGGGGUCGAGGCAGCAGUGUGGCCCCCAGCUCCGGCCUGAAGAUGAGGCGAGGCUUCGGGGUUCGAGGGGAAAGGGGCGGCCGAGUUAGACUACGUGGUGGCGCCAGGAUGCAGCGCAGGCGUUACGAGUCUGACGACGACGAUGAUGAUGACGAUGAUGAUGAUGACGAUGAUGAUGAUGACGAUGACGAUGAUGAUGAUGAGAGUGAGGAUGAGCACAUGGGACAUGUUGAGAAGGAGCACCGGCGGCGAAGACGGGGGCGUAGGCGGACAGGGGAGGACGAAGACGACGACGAUGACGACGACAGUGACGAUCUGGAGGGGGAGGAUGAGGAAAUGGAGGACUUGGACGAGGAAGAGGAUGACCAAGAUGACGACGAGGACGACACCCAGACGGACUCCGAGCCUGAGCCACCCGUGCUGCUGGUGUCGGACCUGAACGACGAGCUACUGAAUGGAUCGUAUCUCACAGUCACACUGCAGCGGCCCACAAAGGCUCGGCGGGACCCUGGCUCCAUCGUGCCCAAACUGGAGGCUGCGGUGUCCUCCCGGGCCCCCAGCGCUGGCAGUCCCGGGCCGGGCUUUGUGCAGCGCAAGACCCUGCAGAAGGGCCGCCACAAGAACGGCAGUGCAGUGCCCACGGGGAAUGGCCUCACGCAGUCCAAGGGCACGUCUGUAACGGCACCAGGCAGGCACGGGCGACACAGCAGCUCCAACCACCGCCACCAUCAUCACAGAGACGGCGAGAGGGACACCGCCUCGCCCUCCAGCACCGGGUCGUCUCGCUCCUCCGCCUCUCCCACGCGACCUCCACACUCCUCCUCCUCUCCACCCUCGCUUCUGUCCCAUCCAUCCUUCAAGGAGGUUGGCAACGAGACGGGUGGAGAGAAGGAGGUGUGGGUGUCUGUGUUCCGCCACCUGACGCGCACCGAGCUCAACGUCUGCAUGACCGUCUGCAAAGCCUGGUACAAGUGGGGCUGUGACAAGCGUCUGUGGACGCGGAUAGACCUUAGUCGCUGUGGGUCGUUGACCCCUCAAGCUUUAUCUUGCAUCCACAAGCGUCAGCCAGUGACUCUGGACCUCUCCUGGACACCCAUCUCCAAGAAGCAGCUCUCCUGGCUCAUUCACCGUUUACCAGGUGUGAAGGACCUGAUGUUGGCUGGCUGCUCCUGGUUGUCUGUGUCUGCACUGAGCUCGUCGAACUGCCCGUACUUGCGUACUCUGGACCUGCGCUGGGCAGAGGGAGUCAAAGACAGCCAGAUCAAAGACCUGGUCAUUCCACAAGGUAGCGAGUCCCGCAGCCGUCUGCGCGGCAUGCAGACCCUGCGUCUGUCGGGUCUGGACAUCACGGACUCUACGCUGCGGCUGCUGUUGAGGCACAUGCCCCAGCUGCAGAGGCUGGACCUGGCCCACUGUCAGGCGAUCACCGACCAGUCCAUCAACCUGCUGACCGCCACCGGCUCCCCCACACGCCACACACUCAUCGAGCUGAACCUGGCAGGCUGCCACAAGCUGACGGACGCUUGUCUUCAGUCCCUGAAGCGUACAUCUGCUCUGCAGCUGCUGGACCUGCGCGGCUGCAAGGGCGUAACGCGGCGCGCCUGCGAGGGCUUCAUCUCAGACCUCUCCUACUGCACCUACUUCUGCAUGACAGACGACAAGCUCAUCCAGCGGAUCUCCUAACAGCACCUGGCCUAUUCAAACACAUGCGUGCACGCACACACACACACACACACAAACUGUGCGUCUGCACAGCCCCCUCUCCAACACACACCUGGGAGCUCAAGAGGCCUCAGCAGCAUCAGUGGCUGCUGUGACACACCCACCCACACCCCUCCUCCAUGUCAGUGACGACGAGUGGGUGAGAGGAGAGACAGUGGGAGGAGGCAGUGCCAACAAUUGGGAAUGUAUGCCUUAAAGUUAGGAUGAGCGAAGGGCUAGGAAGAGAACUGAAACCAAUUAAUGACGGCCAUACAGAGAUGACCAGGAGGGAAAACGGAUCUGUGUUCUGUUGAUCAGUGCUCUUGGUGUUCUUGGUGAUCCAGCUGUUAGUCCAGUUAGGGGAGCGGGAUGUGUAGCAUUGCUGUGUAGGAGAUGAGGCCUGGACACUUAACUGACCAGUGGGACCGCUAUGCUUCACAGUUAAGCGUCACAUCUUUUUGGCACAGGCAAACGGACUCUUUCUGCAGAAGAUGGGUUCAAUGGGCUAGAUGGACGGACCAUUUGAACAAAUGUGUUGCCCUGUGUUCUGCUGUCUCUGGUCAGCUGCGUUCGGCGUAGUGUGUCUAGUGGCUUGGCCCGUGCUCACAAGCCUGGUGGCAACGUAGAACUUUGCUUUUAGCCAAACUUGCUGUGUGGAUUCCAUAUCCAGCACAGCCCAAGUCUUCGUCAUGCCAUUCCGUUUUCCGCCACUCUCUGCUUAUCAUCAAAAUCUGUUCUUAUGGACUUACUGGGUGAUGUUCUGACUGUUUGUUUGUUUUAAGUGUUACAUGGUCUCAUGUUCUGCUAAACUUGUACAGUAUCGUGUGUAUUGUCGCUGGAUUUUGAUGUUAAAAUGAAGAGCUUUGUUGCAAAAUGACGUAAAGGUCUUUUUUAAUUAUUUUUUUGUAAUUAUUUUUUUGUAUUUUAUUAUUGGAAACGACUAUUCGGAUGUCCUUUCGUCUGUCAUCUGCCAUCGGUAACGUGAUAGAAAUAAACAAAGUGAUCAGAUUGCAAAAAAUGGUAGAUAUGCUGCAUUUGGGUAUCAGGUUUUUUUUUACUAUUAGCACACUAUGAACUAUGAGCACCUAAUGUUUUCACCCAUUGAUUCCUAAAACAUACUAUGUCUAAGCCAUUUUUGGGACAAGGUACUAUCAGCCUCUAAAAACCUAAACGUCUCAGCCCCUGAAGCACAUAAAAACAUGGAAUGAAUUGUAUUGAAAAGUCAAGACCCUCAUCUUACAGUAGAACAUGUUCAUUCAGCUCUAACAUAACCUUUUCAUUUUAAAAAUCUCAAUUUUGAUGAGCCUAAAGCUACGUCAUGCAGCUCCUGGCACGAGACUCACUAUUGUGCAAUGCAGUAUCCAGCACCAAUGGGUUAUUCAAAAUAUAUCUGCAAUUUUAAAAAAUGUUGGGUCAAGUAAUGGAUGAAAAAAUAUUGAGAAGGAACUUGAUUGUUAAUGCCCAAUACAAAGAUAUCAGAUUUUCCAAAAUGGAAAUGCGUCAUUUUGCAAUGAAGCUCUUAUUUUUUAUUUUUUAUUUUUUUUUGUUGCUCAAAUUGAUAGAAAAGGGAUAGAAACAGACAUUCCUCUUUGUCUUCAAAUUUGUACCCCCUAUUUUCACCUUUUCAUUAUCUCAUUAUUGGGGUAAAGCCUAAAGGUGGUGAUCUACUUCUACUUGGCAAUUUUUUGAGCAACGCUUUUGGGCAAUGAUACUGUAAGAUUUCAUUUUGACAGUUUAUCACUACACAACACUUUAAAUCAUGAGAACUUGGAUCAGCAGUAGACAAACUAUUGAUAUCAUUUUAUUGGAAAAAUCAGUGCCAAUUAUGUCAUUGCCCAGCAACACUGCUCAAAAGGUUGCUCAGUUCAUCACCAUUUAUAUUCAGUAUAGGCCCAUUAUAAGUGCCUAAACCAUGCAGGGUUUAGAAAAAGGAUUUUGCUUAACUUCAUUAAAUGGAGAUAGAAGUAGAUAUUCAACAUUAUCUGUAAUUGUUUACCAUUAAUUUUACAGAAUAGGGCCACUACAAAUAGUAUAAGAUCUAGCAUUCCAUAUUUUACACUUUGGACUCACAAUGUGGGAUCAGUUACAAUUAAAUUAAAAGAUAAAAAGGCAACAAAAACACAAAUCGAUCUGCACAUUUGAGCUACCCUCAAGCAAUGUAUGAAAAAAUGACAAAUAUAGACAGUGUAAAUGACAGACAAAAAAAAUCUUAUUUAACAUUUCUACAAUUCUCACAUCUCAAGCAAUUUCUGCAAAAAAAAUAAAAUAAAAAUCUAAAAUUGACCUCAUAUUCCAGCGACAACUUGUGUGUUGACACAGGAUACUGUACUGUAGUCGGUCAGUAAGGGUUGUUCACAUUUCCCCCCUGCCAUUAACCUUUGAGUAGUACUGAUUAAAAUAUCAAAUUCGUUAUUUUCUCAGACGGAGGAGAUUUAUUUUUCCUUGUUUCAUUUUCUCUUCACAAAAUCACUAGUUUGGUGUCUCGUGGGAUUAACUGAGAGCUGCACUCAUAUCAUUGGAUGUAUGUUUGCUACUUGCUACUUUUCAGCAACAUGGAACAACUUUGUAACAAUGAACACGGGAAACAUUAAUUUAAAUAAAAAUGUGUCAUUUUUCCAGAUAA